AUGGCAGAGCGAGUGUGGGAGCUGCUAAGCUGCGUGUGGUCCCACUCAGUCCGUGUCCCCGCCGGCCCUCUUGUGGACGUGUCCAUCCCGUGUAAUGUCAGUGAUUAUGAGGGACCCCUGGAGCAGAACUUUGAGUGGACUUUUUCUUCAUCCGGCGGCUCCUCUGUGAGGGUCCUCAGCACGUUUGAUCCCACAUUCACAGACCCCUCAUUCGCUGAUAGAGUGGGUGCUGGAGGGAUCCAGCUGGAGAGGCUCAGCCACAACGGGGUCCUGUUCCAUAUCGGGGUGCUGAGUAAAUCAGAUGAGGGGGAGUUCACCUGCUCCACCCCCAGCACCGACGCCACCAUCAGUGGAAACUACAAGGACAAAGUCCGACUCAGAGUGAUCCCGGACACCCUGACAGUGCGGAGGACAAAGGGACGGCUGGUGGGCACCCGUAUAGUAACUGAGGGGGGCACAUUUCAGCUGCAGUGCCAGGCUGUGUCUGAGGACUUGCAGGAACACACUCACCUGUCUCUCACAUGGCAGCACCAAGGUCCGGCGGGCUCAGCCAGUGAUGUUGUGACGUUGUCACAUUUGGGGCACUUCCAGGCUGGCACGGGGUAUGAGGAGAGACACAGCAGUGGGAAAGUGAGGUUGGACACCGUGGGGGGCGACGGGUAUCGUCUGACAGUGGAUGGGGCGCACAGUUCAGAUGUGGGAGAAUACAGCUGUGUGGCAAGGACGUGGGUGCUGGGUGCUCAGGGCUGGGCACAGAUCCAGGAGAAGAAGAUUUCUGUUGGUACAAUAGAGGUGGAGCCUAUAGGUAUCAAUGUAACGGUGCCAGUCUCUGAAGUGUGUGUGAAUGUGGGGGAGCCCCUGCUCCUCUCCUGCAAGGUGUGGCACAACUGUGCUGUGCCAGUCUAUACCCGCGUGCGAUGGGUUCACUCUGCUGAGCAGACGCCCGGCCCUGGAGAAACUCAGGAGUUGCUAGGGGGGCACGACCCUGAUCCUACCCAUGAGGGGGCAAGUACACACCUCCUGCAAGUGCCACGUGGGUGCGACACAGGACUCUACACCUGCCAGGCAACAGUCUGGGCAUCGAGCAGUAAUGGGACCUGGCAUCCAAUCAUAGAGAGAAGCUCUGAGCCAAUCAAAGUGCUGCUCAAUUCAUCAGUGGCAGAGCUGGAGGUCUCACUCAGUGCCAGGUUGGUGCCUCAGAUCUCAGAGGAGGCGACAGAGUUUGUGUGUCACAUGACUGGAUGUGAUGGGGCCCGUCUGUCUGUCUCCUGGUAUUACACCCCAAGGCCAGAAAAUGAAGCGUCUCAGCCUCUGCUUCUGGGGUCCCUGGAUCAGGACUGGACGGUGCAUGUGGGGGAUCAUUACAAGGAACGACUGGAGAGUGGGGGGAUUAUCCUUUCACGUAAGAACCCCCAGACAUUUGUGCUGCGUAUCCAAUGGACUUCCAACAGGGACAGUGGGCAGUACCAGUGUGUGGGCACAGUCUGGCAACAGCAGCGAAAUGACAGCUGGACUAGGCAGUGUGGGUCUGAUCCAAUCUCUUGUUGUGCAGAGUACUCGCUGGCAGUCAGGGCCUCUGUGACCAAGACUGUGGCAAGUUCGGGAGGCACGUUUGAGAUGCGGUGUUACGUCUUUGCCCAGAACAUUCCCUCCCCCCAAUACUCCGUACAGGUGACAAUGGAACGGUCGGGCCCUCACGCUGCCAGUGGCCCCCAAGUCCUGCUGCUGAGUCGGGAAGGAGUGACUCACAGAAAGGGGGAGAGUUUUGGGAAAGCCUCGCUGGAGAAGGUGAAGGAGGGAGAGUAUCGAUUCCGUCAGUAUCAGGCGCAGGAGGCGGCCACCUACCUCUGCUCAGUCACUGCAUGGACUCAAGGGGGAGGCGGGGCCUGGAGGGAAGACGCGUCCAAUCCGGUGGCUUUGCACUUCCACACCUCAGGUCUGAUGUUUAAUGUCACCGCCCAUUCUGACAACCCCUCUAUUUACCAUGGAGAGAGGGCGGAGUUUUGGUGCAGCAUCUCCCUGAUUGGCCCCUCAGUGGAUACAGACAGUCUGGGCUUUCACGUGUCCUGGUUUGGCCAGAGGUCGGCUCAGACUGCGGUUCAGUUGGGGUCGGUGGAUCGCUGGGGUCAGGUGCAGCAGAGCAGGAGGAACAGCAGCAGUGACGUUGCCAUAGAGCGAGUCAGUCACAUGGAUUUCCGUCUGCGCAUUUUUGGCACCGAGGAAGAUGAUGGCGGCGGCCAUUUCUGUUCUGUCACCCCGUGGGUGCUCUCUGGCACCGGCGUCUGGAGUAGCCAAUCAGCUCUCACCUCAAAUGUCAUCUCCUUGUCUGUCAGGAUGGACUUACUGAGCGCAUUCAAGUUCCCCCUGCUGUUGGGGGGCUCCGUGGCGGUGCUGGGGGGCCUCCUCUCCUGUAUCAUCGGAUACUGUAGCUCCAGGUUCUGCUGCAGAAACAAAGAAACCCCAGAGCCUCACAAGGAGCAGCGCAGACUCAUGUCGAUGGAACUGGACUGAGGGGCCGGGAGUGGCGCCAACUGGUGGGUACGAGGGGGCAGCGCAAUCUGAGGACUGGGGCACAACUGAGAGAUUGUCAGCUCUGUGCCCCAUAUUCUGCUCUGCCCCUCCUUCUGCAAUAAUUGGGCCCCAGGGCCCCGACUCUCAAACUCAGCAAUCAUCACAUUAACCCUUGCCCUACUGAUGCACAAAGUCUUUGUCACUGUUUUAUUCUUCAAUUUGACUUACCUGCAGCCUCAACACCAGAAAUGAAGAGAAACCAGCAGCUUCUAUACAGCACUCCAGUCUGGGGGAGCCCCAUCUCUACAGCACUCCAGUCUGGGGGAGCCCCAUCUCUACAGCACUCCAGUCUGGGGGAGCCCCAUCUCUACAGCACUCCAGUCUGGGGGAGCCCCCAUCU